GAUCCGGGUGGCUGCGGGCAGCGGCGGCGGCGGCGGCGGCUACGGGGUCGGGGUUGCUACAGGGGCCAGACAGCAGGCAGUAGCGAGUUCGAAGGCAGAAGCUCCGCAGGCAGCGCCCUCCACGCGAGGUGACCCCCUUCAGAGGGAGCACACCCGACCCGCAUCUCCACGUCCCAGCAGGGUUCCAGCCCGCCCUCCAGGAGGCUCCCUGCCAAGAUGGCGUCAGCUGGAGACCCCUCGACGGGCCAGCGGGAUGCAGCAGACCAGAACUUCGACUACAUGUUCAAACUGCUGCUCAUCGGCAACAGCAGCGUGGGCAAGACGUCCUUCCUGUUCCGAUACGCCGAUGACUCCUUCACACCUGCCUUCGUCAGCACCGUGGGCAUCGACUUCAAGGUCAAGACUGUCUACCGCCACGACAAGAGGAUCAAGCUGCAGAUCUGGGACACGGCGGGCCAGGAGCGCUACCGUACAAUCACCACAGCCUACUACCGCGGAGCCAUGGGCUUCCUGCUUAUGUAUGACAUCGCCAACCAGGAGUCCUUUGCCGCCGUGCAGGACUGGUCCACACAGAUCAAGACCUACUCCUGGGACAAUGCUCAGGUCAUCCUCGUGGGGAACAAAUGUGACCUGGAGGACGAGCGUGUUGUGCCUACUGAAGAGGGCCGGAGGCUCGCCGAUGACCUUGGUUUCGAGUUCUUUGAGGCCAGCGCCAAGGAGAACAUCAACGUGAAGCAGGUCUUUGAGCGCCUGGUGGACAUCAUCUGCGAGAAGAUGAAUGAGUCCCUGGAACCUAGUUCCAGCCCAGGCAGCAAUGGGAAAGGCCCCACCUUGGGGGAUGCCCCACCCCCACAGCCCAGUGGCUGCAGCUGCUAGAGAUGGUCCCCAAACCCCAUCCACCACCCCACCUGCCUCGGCAGGGACUGUGACUGAGGCAUGAGCCACAAGCCCUGUUUCCUAGCUCAGGGCACCCCCUCCCCUCCCAUCAGCCACCCCCCAACUCCCGCAUGGCUCAUUCUCUGGCCAUGGCUGCCAGCCUGCCCAAGCAGCCCCUGUCACAGGCUGCAGACCCUGGGGACUCUGCAUAGCAGGCAGGGUCUGGGGAGAGGGGUGUGCACGAGCUUGCUGCUUUCAGGCAUUUUAAUGGGGGUCGUGCGGGCAGCGUGGCCCACCCUGACUGGUGGAGGAGGGCAUCCACAGUGCCUUCUGGGUCUGAACCACUGUCCACAUCCAUCCUGUGUCAGGCAUUGCUUGGAGUUCAUGUGCUGGCCAAAGGUGGCCUUCUUUUCCCUCGGGCAAUGGGAGUCCUCAGAGUUCAUCCCCGGAGGUGUGGAAAGAAGCUCUUUUCUCAGGGUCGCCCAGCCUGCCUGCAAACCUUCUCAGACCUCAAGUGUCCAAGACCCCUCUCUUCUGGCCUGCAGAUCCUCUGCCUGUGAAAGUAGUAUUAAAGCAGCUUUUCCCGUUGCAAAGAAACAGGGAGUCAGGACCCGCCCCCCUGCCAGCUUCAGGGACCCCAAAGUGCCUUCUGAGCUUCCGCAGAAUUCCACAUCACCCAUGACUCCACCACUGUCAGCUGAUUCCCUGCAUCCCUGUUCCAGAAUUGAAUUCUGGAACUAUGAGCUGCAUCAGGCUGGGCAGAGAAGCACCCAACCCCUAGUAUGUCUGCUGGGGACUUUUUCCCAGGAGUUAAUUCAGAGCCAGGAGCCUGGGCUCUCCUGCUCAGACCUGCCUCCCGAGGGGCCUUGUUUGGCUGGUAAUGUUUUAAGCAAGGUCUUUCCACAUCUGUCAUCCUGCUAGCAAAGGAAAUUGAGCAAUGUUCCUGUAGCCUGUGCUGGCUGGCGACUUUCCAAUGUGGGGGCUACUUGGGCUCCUCCCACUUCAAGACCAAGUGUUGGCUUCUCCCCUCCCCCGCCUCCAGCCAUAUCAUCGCUGGGGGUCCUGUGACAUCUUCUGCCAGUGGAGGAAUCACUCUAAAGAAUGCUUUAGAGGGGUUGGGCCAGAAGAGUGAGAAGGCAGGGUUAGGUAACUGCUGUUGCCACUUGCAUUUCCCAGAUGCAGCUUGGGAGCGGCAGGCUGAUGGGGGAUGGGCAGGGACCAGUCUCCCUGGUUGAGGCACUAGCAGGGAGCCCACCAGUUUGGGGUCCCCUGCUACCAGGGGCUCCUGCUGGGAGGUGAUGUGUGGUUUGGUGAUCUACAGCUUGACACCACCCCCUCCAGCUUCCAUCCUCAGCUCAGUGGCCCUUUCUGCCUAGCAGAGUCCAAACCUUGUGACAUGGCACCUCUUUGUGUCCUGGAACACUGAUGCUCCAGAAUUUGACAGACACUGUGAGGGCAAACAAAGCGUGCGGUCUGUGUUCCCUGCUUCAGUCUCCCAGUCCUCGCUGCCAAAAAACGACUUCCUGUAGCCUUCAAGAUCUCAGCUGCCUCCUUCCAGGAGCAGGGAAGGGCUGGUUCAAGUUUAACAUAGCUCUUACCUUUGUGGAAGCUGGAGUUUAAAUUUAUUUCUGGAGGGCCCUGUUCACCCCAAACUAGGGGCUGCCCUUGGAGCUUCCAAGUGAGAAUAUCUUUGUAUAUUAACAAAUUAGACUGAGGGGAAACAGACAAGUUCUUGGAAAUGCAACACAUGAGAGUAUCUGUAGGUUGGGGCAGGAGUCAGAAACGAGAGUUGCUUUAAUAUAAAAGAAAUGAAAGCAGCUACAAAAAUUCUUCUAGAAAUGCACCAUGGCCUGUCAAGUUUCUAUUGGCCAGCUGUUUUCCUUUAACUGCUGCCAGAAAAAAAGAUGGGGCAGAGUGCCAAUAACUGAGGGUCGAGCUGAUUUGUCAUUGCCUGUGUGAUAAAAGACAGCUUUGGCUGCAUCUUAUACCUGACCUGGCCUAAGUUUUCUGUUUACACAAAAUGUUUCAACAGUUCAGCUUCAACGGAGACAGCUGUCUCUGGGUUCUCUCAAGACAGAAUAAUUUAGGAAAUUUUUCGUUGUUGGUUUCUUCUAAAACUAGUAUGUUUUACUUUUAUGAUGUUUUGAGGGAAGUUUUAACUCCUGAUGGUCUCUGGGUAACUGAAACUGAUGUCUUGGAAGAUCACUGAGGGGUGGGGAAGGGGGACUAUGGAAGUUUGUUGAGUUUACAAACAAACAUUGAACCAAAGGCUGUGGGAAAACAGCUUCCCAGCCCCAGGGAGGCUCGGAUCUGGGGUGGUCACUUGAAGCUGUAUCCUGCAACCAUGCUGUGCCUUCUUACCAUUUGCUUUUAGUAACUUAUCUUUCCAUUGGCAGUUUCAAUGGGAAAUUGCCAUGGCUGCCAUUUGGGGAUUGGAGUUGUGCUUUUUUUUUCCCCUUUAUUUCUUUGGCUUCUCUCCUAUUCCACUGAACAAAGCAAGUAAGGGGGGAAAUUGGGCCUCAGUGUUGAAUUGCUAAUUCCCCUACCUAGCUUCUCCCCAGGGAUCCAAAAAUCACUCCAGGGAGCUAGCUCUGGACCUGGUCAUUUUUAUCCUGGUUGUGAUUUUGUGUAAGCCCUUCUUUGAUGUACACUCGAAGAGAUGUGCACUUGUCACUAUAAGAAAAAAUAUUAAAAUCGAAACGCCCAGA